GGCAUUAUUGCCAUAAACCCUUUAUAGUAGUCCUCUUCGUGCACUGCAAAACCCUACAAAUACUGCCCUUUCCACUUCUCCAUUGCAGAGAUACAGAGAAACUGUGUGUGUUCGUGAAGUGAGUAAACCGGAGAAUUUCACCGGCGAACAGUUCAUAUAUCCAGUUUGUGGGUUCGAGUUUGAUCAACAAAUGGAGGCUGCAGCAGCGGCAGUAGUGCAACAACCUGUCCCUGCUCAAGUUGUUGGGAAUGCUUUUGUGCAGCAGUAUUAUCAUAUUCUGCACCAUUCUCCUGGACUGGUUUUUAGGUUUUAUCAGGAUAUAAGCAAACUUGGACGACCUGAAGAUGAUGGCUCAAUGAGCAUUACCACUACUAUGGAAGCAAUCAAUCAUAAGAUACUCUCACUAAACUAUGGGGACUUCAGAGCGGAGAUUAAGUCUGUAGAUUCGCAAGAAUCCUUUAAUGGGGGAGUGCAUGUCUUUGUGACUGGAUCUUUGACUGGGAACGACACCUUGAUUCGGAAUUUCUCCCAAACUUUCUUCCUAGCACCACAAGACCGAGGAUACUUUGUUCUGAAUGACAUGUUUCGAUAUGUAGAGAGUGUCGAUCAACUUGAUCCCGCUGAGGUCCCGGAGACGGAUGUGGUGGCUCCUGUCACUCCUGAACUAGCUUCCCCUCCAGUGCAGCAAAAUCACAUUUCCGAGCAGAGUACACUAUCAGUGGAGGAAGCUAACGAGGGAGAAAUUUACAAUCCACCUGAGAAUGGUGAUGUGCCUGUUGAAGAGGAAGUUCCUGUUGCUGAGGUCGUUGAUGAAAUGCAAGACGACUCUCAAGUAGAAGUUGAGUCUAACAUCAAAAGUGAAGAUGCUCCUAAGAAGUCUUACGCUUCAAUUGUAAGUUUGAUUGGGAAAAAAAUCACUGGAAGCCUAUUGCUUCUGCAUGUUUCUUUCAGAAGGGUUGAGCUAAAUUUGGAAAGGUUAACGUGCGAGAUAGCUGUAAGAUUCUGUAGUGCUGUUUAUUGGGUCAUGCAUCUCAAGGGAAGUGCUGCGAGUUUCUCCUCUCCUCCAGCACCUGCUUCUCGGAAGCCCAUGGCAAGGAAUGUUGAGCAAGUGAAUCAACCUCCUGUAACAGCAACUGUUCGCCCAGCUUCCAGCUCAAAUUCUGUUGAUAAUGUGAAUAAUCAGGAUGGAGAAGUCACAGAUGGCUAUUCAAUCUACGUAAAAGGUCUGCCUCCGACUGCAACUGUGGACUUACUUGCUGAUGAGUUCAAGAAGUUUGGGCCUAUAAAGAAUGGAGGCAUUCAAGUUAAAAAUAAUAGAGUAUUGCUGCAACGGUUUUCUUAUGGUUUCGUGGAAUUUGAGGAGGCAAGUGCUUUGCAGAAAGCUAUUGAGGCAUCUCCAAUUUUAAUUGGAGGACGUCAAGCUUAUGUUGAGGAGAAGAAGUCUACCAAUUAUCGAGGUCACUUUAGAGGUAGAUUUCAAUCUGGAGGGGGUUCUGGUUACAGGAACUAUGGAGUAAGAGGCCGAGGAAACUAUGGAGGUGGCAGGGGUUAUGCUCGAGAUGAUUUUGGCGAAAGAACCGAGUUCAACAACAGAGGUGGACAGCGUGGAUGGUCAUCUAAUCGUGGGGGUGAUGGAUACCAAUCAUACCAGCGAACUGAUAACACAGGUGGUUAUGUUGUGCGUACGAAUCGUGGUGGGGGUAUGCUUAAUGGAACUGCCAAACACAUGACACCACAGGGUAUUGCUGCACCUGUAAUGUAGUAGCUCCGUUGUUACAUUGGCAUUUCUAACAGUUGAAGUCCCCAGGUAGAAGAAGUUUUGUCAGGAGCUAUAAAAUUUCUCUUAGAGCUCACUUUGCUAAUCAUCAAUUCCCUAACAUUCCCUUUAAUUGGUAUAGGUGGGGUAGGAAUUGACUUUUAAGUAGCUUUUGCUAUGCAGUAUAUAGAGUAUCUAAGUCCCCCAUGAAGAGUAUCCAGUCCUUUUUGCUCAUUGUAUGAGUUGAACUAUGUUACUUUGAAAGCUGUGUUUGUGGGAAUGAGUUCAUAUUAGUCAUUUAUAUCAUGGAUUCUAUUAUCAGCUGUCAACAGA